AUGAGGAAACAACUCAGGGUGCAGCCUCACUGGAGAGCCCUGGGCGCUGAUGCAGAUUCUGGAAUUGGGAAUCCUGUGAGUGCCUGCCUUACUCUCAUCUGGAGCUUCCUCCUGCCCUUCUUCCACCCUCAGCGCCAGUCCCAGCAGGCUCUGCUCAGACUAGUGCCACUUGUGUGCCCCGCAGUGGUGGCGUCUGACCAGAAGCCUCUUGGACAGACUCUGAGGGAGAGUGAACUCUCCUUCCCCAGACAGCCCCUUACACUUCAGAAUAGCCUGCUGAUUGUAGUGCGGGAAUAUGAGAGUCGUUGUCUUCCAUCUGGGCAUCUUCUUCCAGGAAGAGUCAGACAUCCCGGCCUUUUCUUCUUCCUGCCCUGCCUGGAUACCUACCACAAGGUGCAUCUUCACCUCCAAACCCUAGAGAUUCCUUUCCAUGAGGUGGCUUUGGAUGCAGUCACAUGUCACUGGGGAAUCAAAGUGGAGAGAACAGAAAUUAAAGAUAUUCAACUGCCCACAGGCCUCCAGCAGUCACUGGCUGUGGAAGCUGAGGCUCAAAGACAGGCCAAAGUGAGGAUGAUUGCUGCUGAAGGGGAGAAGGCUGCCUCACAAUCCCUGAGGAUGGCAGCUGAGAUACUGUCGGGCAGCCCAGCCACUGUCCAGCUCCAUCAUCUUCACACCCUUCAAUCCUUGUCCACAGAGAAGCCAUCCACUGUCAUCUUACCUUUGCCUUUCGAUGUCAUGAGUCUCUUGUCUCCUGCUGGCAACCGAAUGCAAGGAAACCUCCCCUUACCAAAUCCUCCCAGGCAGGCAGAAACAUGGGAUCCCUCAAAAAAGAUUCUCCCAUGUUAUGGGACUCCCAAAAGAUAA